AUGACCACUGCAUCCAGAAUUAAGAGCGUUGCUAAAACUCCAGCUAAGGGCGAACACUAUCCUCCACCGACCCCUCGACGAAAUCUCCAGCGACCUUCGGCUCUUCCUUCAUCCCCCGAUAUCAGCGCUGUCAAUGUGUCAUCUGAUCCCGAAUCGGAUUAUGCCGUCGUACUGUCUAUGUACGAGGUAUAUAAUGACAAGAUCUAUGACCUUUUGACUCCACCUAUCAAAUCCAAUGCUACGAAAGAGUAUCGGCGACGGCCUCUGCUCUUCAAGCCGACGGAACAUUCAGCUGAUAGGAAGGUGGUUGCUGGUCUGAAGAAGAUUGCGUGCACUAACAUGAAGGAAGCUAUCAUGGUGUUAGAAGCUGGCUUACAUGAACGCCAAGUGGCUGGGACUGGCAGCAACAGCGUGUCAUCGCGCAGCCAUGGUUUCUUUUGUGUCGAGGUAAAGAAACGAGCCAAGACCGGAAGAAAUCGCGCCUGGGCGGGCAACACCUUGACUAUCGUCGAUCUCGCUGGCAGCGAGCGCGCUCGGGAUGCAAAGACUCAGGGUGCAACUCUCGCUGAGGCUGGCAAGAUCAAUGAGAGUCUCAUGUAUCUGGGGCAAUGCCUACAGGCGCAAAGUGGUAUGGGCAGUAACAGCAAGCCCACUGUGAUGCCUUUCCGCCAGUGCAAGAUGACCGAACUGCUCUUUUCCAAUUCCUUUUCCGCGACAUCCUCCACAGGUGUUGUGCCUCGCCGGAAUGCUCAGCGAGGAGUCAUGAUCGUGACUGCUGACGCACACGGUGACGUCAAUGCGACUUCGCAAAUUCUGAGAUACAGCGCCCUGGCGAGAGAAGUAACGAUUCCUCGCAUCCCCAGCAUCACCUCGACCCUGCUGGCAGAUACACCUUCAACUUCGCAUCCGCCAUCGGGGAUGAGGUCUCCUGAUCUUCCCCACCAGCGGCGAGGCUUUUUCGGCCAUGGAUCAUCGGGACAUCGCAAUUUUUCGCCAGUCUCUGACAAUGGAGACAGGGUUCUGAUGGAGCAUGCUGCGCUGGAGAUUGCUCGGAUGCAAGAAGAGAUUACGAAUCUGCACAUCGAGCUUGAUCACGAACGCGAAGCGAGGGUAUCUGCCGAGGCACAUCUUCUUAGCAUGGAAGAUAGACUGCUGGAGCUGGAGCAGACAGUGCGCGAGGAUUGCAUGGCCGAAUUCGACGCUCGCUUCGAGAUGGAGCUGGCCCGUUGGAAAGCGACACUGGCCGCCGAGCAGGAGAAGGGAGAAGAGCACUGGGAUCGGAAGAUGGAGCUCUUCGAGAAGGGCCUUGGUGUCACUUUGGCGGAAGAUGACAUUGCCGGCGAAGACAAGGAAAACUUGCUGGUCGAGGACCUCGAGGACGAGAACGAGAGACUUCGGCGCGAAAAUGAGAUUCUGAAACGUGAGCUAGCGGCAAGAAGCCCUUCCAAGCGUAAGCCUCUCCAGGAACGAGACGACUUUGGUGGCCGCAAAGCAGGUGCCGGCGUCAGCAAUCUGGGUCGGAAGAUGGAACAGCUGCGCGUCAGCAACGAGAGCACAACCAGCACCGGCAAUUCGGGAAGCCCAAAGAAGAUGCGGAAGUUCGCAACGAAGCGCUGGGAGACGGCUGCUGACGAUGAGUUUUGA